UUAUCUCAUGCAAUAAGCAGAGCAACCUACUGGGCAUCAUAAUAUAAGGAAAGGAAGGGGCCCAACCUUGAAGAAGAACAUAUAUUCAAAUAGUGGAACUUUGGUGAGGAAAAAUAUCCCGGUUUCUUCUGAGGAUUGGAGACUAGUUGAUUCUAAAAAGAAGUUCGAGUUAUGGACAAAAGUGAAGGAAUACUAUGAGUUGGAUGAAUCUGGUAUAGAUUAUGUUAUAACAUCUGCAGCAAAAAAGUGGAGAGAGUUUAAGGCUGACCUAAAGAUGAAAUACUUUGAUGAAACAUUGAGUUUUGAAGAGCUUAUUGCUAAAAGGGAUGAAAGGGUGAAAGAAUCUGAUUGGGAGUGGUUGAUAACUUAUUGGAUGUCUCCAGAAGCUGAAGUUCGUACAAACAGAGGUAAAGAUAACCGUUCAAAGUUGACUAUGUCACAUGCAGCUGGCAGCAAAAGUUAUGCUCGUGUGGGGCAUGAACUGGCCGAACAACAAGGACGUCCUGCGAGAAGAGAUGAAAUAUAUGUUAGAACACACACGCGUAAGAACAAAGAAGGGGAUAUUGUACCUCUACCUGGAGCAGAAAUAUUCAUUAAUAAAUUUGAAGAAGUUGUUGCUGCGAAGCCAGAAUUGAAGGAUAGAAGUAUUCAAGAUGGUGAUUUAUAUGCACAUGUUUUUGGAGAGAAAGAACCAAGAGGUCGUAUUCGUGGUUUAGGCUUAGGACCAACUCCACAAGAUGUAGGCACCCCUGGAACUCAAAUGAAAAUAUCAACAAAGCUUCAAAUGGCGUUGCAAGCUCGCAAUCAUUCUGAGCAAGAGGUUAGAGCCUUAAGACAUGAUAUGAAUCAGAUGAAAGAUAAAAUGGAUCAAAUUUAUCAAAUGCUGGUAGCAUCUCAAGGGGUGCAACAUAUAGAAAGCCCAUCACAACAUGGGUCUAAUUCUCGACAGAACUUAAGGGUGCAUCAUUCAGAUGAGGUGGCACAUGAUUACAAUGGUAAUGACCAUUCACAAAAUAUGGUUCAAGAUGACUUGCAACUUACUAGGCGAGUUGCAAGCACUGUGGGUCGUCCAAGGAAUCGUGAAGAUGUUAAUACUAUUGAAGAGCAAAGUCGCAGGCGAGACAUUGCAACAAUGGUUGGUAAAGAAGUGAUAUUAUAUUCUAUGAUGAGAUCUGAAGUUCCUGUUGCAAUAGCAAAUAUUAUCUCAACCGACCCAACCACUAAGGUGGGAGAUGUUCCUCUUGGAAGGGAGUUCACACAAGUUUUUGUGACUCGCGUGCUAAAAAGGGAAAGUACUCUGCCACGACCAUACUUAGGUGUAGAGAGUAUGGGGGAUGCUCUUUUUAUGCCCGUUGCAUGGCCAACAAACAAGAUGAGUCGUAACAAACAAUCAACGUUGAUCCAAGGUUCUACAGCAGCAGGUAAAUAUUUUCUUCAUAUAUAGUUGUGUAUAAGUGUAGAGUUGGAUUAAAAAUAGACCUCUCUCUGCCUAUCCAUAUAUCUAUAAGACAUUGGGCAAAUGUGCAAUUUGAGUAAUGGGCUCACAGCAGG